AUGCGGUUCCACCGAAGAUGUGGAGACAGAGUCACGCUCCUACAUGGCAACCUAACGGCGGUUCGGAACUUCGUAGAGUUCAACCACGGCCUCAUUCUGAGUGAAGAGCCGUUGAUAGACGAUAUCAUGUUCGAAGUCUGUAUUGACAGAAAGGUAAAUGUUUGGAAUGGAAGCCUUGAAAUUGGUGUUACAACCCUUGACCCUGAGUACAUGGAACUACCAGCUACGGCAACUAAACUGAGAAACACAGCAUGGAUAAUGUCAGGCAGUUCUGUUGUAAGAGAUGGCAACACAUUUGUAAGCUCAUAUGGACCUGAGCUAGAUACGCUGCAUGAAGGAGACUGUGUGGGAGUUAUGAGAACCAGCAAGGCGGAAUUAAUGUUCUUCAUUAACGGGCGUUGCCUUGGAGUAGCGGCGCUGGAUAUGCCACCGCGUCUGUUUGCAGUCAUAGAUUUGUAUGGACAGUGCGUUCAAGUUUCCAUAAUGCACCAAUCUACAAGCGGAAUGAGACCUAUAAUGGAAUCCAGCUUGGAUCAGAUCGAGGAGGAUCCAAACAACGAUGACACGCUGACGUCCAGCGAAAUGGAGGUGGCUGGUCUUCCGGACAGCGCCUACCCGAAAGACUACCGGGAAGAGUACAUCCCCAUGACUUCGGAGGCUGCGUGCGCUCUCGUAUCCCAAGAUCGGCUGAGGUUCCACCCGCGAUGCGGCAUACUGGUCAAGCUGUCGAACAACAACAAGUCUGCGGAGCGAGCCCGCCCACUGGACGACUACAACAACGGCGUCGUGAUGACCCAUCGGCCGCUCUACGAUGAUGAGAUCUUCGAGAUACGCAUCGACCGGCUGGUUGACAAGUGGAGUGGCAGCAUUGAGGUGGGCGUCACCACUCACAACCCGGCCACCAUCCGCUUCCCCUCGACCAUGACCAACAUGGACUCCGGCACCGUGAUGAUGUCCGGGAGCAAGGUGCUGCUCAACGGCCACGGAACCUGCAUGGAGUACGGCAACUUCAACCUAGACGAGCUGAGGGAGGGCGACACCGUCGGCAUGAUGAGGAAGAGCUGCGGCCACCUCCACUACUACAUCAACGGAAUAGACCAGGGCGUAGCGACCGACAACGUGGACCAGCACGUGUGGGGUGUGGUGGACCUCUACGGGAUGACGGUCAAGGUGACCAUCGUGGACCCGUACGAGGACAUGGAGAGCAACAUGAACGAGUUGCCGCCUCUCCCCAGCGUGUCGGUGCUGGCCGGGCUAUGUCAGCUGGCACCGACUAUAGACGAGGAUAGCCUUUUAUUUCAUACGGUGCGUGAUUCGAAUGUUAUUGUUAUUGGCGAUGGUAAGACUGCUCAUAGGCCUAACGCUUUCCAAUUCUUCAACAACGGGAUCGUGAUGACGAACCGUACGCUGAGGACCAACGAGCUGUUCCAGGUCAGGGUGGACCUCGUCGUGCCCAAGUGGGCCGGGAGUAUCGAGAUCGGAGUCACGCGCCACACAUCCAACGAGAUACAGUUCCCGUUUAAAUUGAGCAACGCCAAAUCCGGCACAUGGGCCCUCACCGGCGAAGACGUAGUAAGGGACGGCGUGAUAAUCAUCCCGCAAUACGCGAGGAGUCUCAACCGUCUAACGGAGGGGGACACGGUGGGAGUGAUGAGGAAAGAAAUUGGCAUUUUGCACUUCUUCGUCAACGGCAUAGACCAGGGCCCGGCCGCCUUCAACAUACCGGACAACGUCUUCGGUAUAGUCGACCUAUACGGGAGAGUGGCACAGGCGACCAUCGUGGACACAUACACCCCUCCCCCCGACUCCUUGCCAGAGUCGCCACUAUCCACCGACUCCAUAAUAGCACCAAUCCCCGGCGGCAUGUGCUUCCACCGCGUGCACGGGCGCAACGCGCGCCUCAGCCGCUCGCGGCUGACCGCCUCCCGGGUCACCAUAUACUCGGAGUUCAACGACGCGGUUCUGUUCAGCUCGAGGCCGAUGCGCGAGUGCGACAUGUUCGAGCUGCGCAUCGACUGCCUGGUGGAUUGCUGGAUCGGCAGCAUCGAGAUGGGUGUGACGGCCAUCCGGCCCGAGGACCUGGAGGCGAGCGGCGGCGUUGGCGCCCUGGCCGGCACCGCCACCGACCUCAGCUGGGACACGUACAUACUGAGCGGCGCGGCGAUCAUGAAGGACGGCGAGUGCGUCCGCAGCGGCUACCCCCUUGACCUGGACACCCUCACGGUCGGCAGCAGAGUGGGCAUGAUGUGGCACGCGGACCGCAGCCUCCACUACUAUCUGGACGGCCUGGACAUGGGCAAGGCGUGGUACGUGCCCCACCUGAACAUAUACGCGGUGGUCGACCUCUACGGGCAGUGCACGCAGGUGACGAUACUGCAAAACGAGGAGCGAACCUUCAACUACAACGGCUGCGCGAACGCGGACAACUCGCUGGCGGGGCACUCGCGCGCCGCAGCGAUCCCGCCGCAGCCCUACUGCAGCUUCUCGGAGUACUGCGGUGAGAACGCGAAAGUCCAGCUCGGCUUCACCGUCGCGCGCCGUCUCACCGCCGACCCGAUGGAGGCGUUGCUCUUCAGCUCGGCCCACCUGGAGCUCGACGAGAUCUUCGAGAUCGAGAUAUUGGACACAAAGGGCGGUUACGCGGGCGGGUUCCGCAUGGGCGUCACCGACGUGAACAUUUUGAACGCCCACGUGAACCGCUGCCUGCCGCCCUCCGUGGCCCACCUGCCCCACUACACGGCCUACAUAGACGGCAAGUACAUGCGCUACUCCAGGGCGAGCGCGCGCGGCCACGAGUUGAAAUCCGUCGUGCCCACCUUCGAAUACCUCACUCCCGGCGACCGGAUCGGCCUGAUGAAGACCACGGAGCAGCGCGUGCUGGUCUACUACAACUUCGAGCUGAUGGACGUCGCCUUCGAGCGAGUGCCCGAUAAGGUGUACGUGGUGAUGGAGCUCUACGGGGAGGCGCUGAAGAUCCGGGCGGUGCCGAAGGCGGCGGCCGGCGCGAUGCCCCAAACCCUCUACAACACGGACUUCAUCAAGCACGAGACGGAGAUCAUCAGGGAGGUGAUGGUGAUGCGGCCGUUCGGCGGCGAGGCGCCCGAGGCCAGCAUGGAGGGGUCGGACACGGAGCCGGGGGAGGUGUCGCCGGCGGGGACGCCGCAGCCGCGCUACAAGUACCGCCACCCCCUCCCCUACACGUUCCACUACGUGCACGGGGAGAACAUACGGCUGUGCAGCUCCGACACGGUCGCCGUGCGCACGUCCGGCUACAAGGAUGGCAUCGCCAUCGUCAGCCAGCCGCUGAGGAGGGGCCAAAUCUUCAGAUUCCGCGUGGACAAGGUGGACGACUCGUGGUCGGGCAGCGCCGCGGUGGGCGCGGUGGAGCUGCCGCCGGACGAGCUGCCGGACACCUCCACCCAGCUGGAGCCCCCGGCCUGGGUGCUCACCAGCGACGUGCGCUGCGAGGACGGCGAGCACAUCCGCACGAAAACGGCGUGGGCUCUGGAGGAGGUGUGCGAGCUAACCGUGCUGGCGAUAGAGUUCCGCUGCAACAGCGAGCUGAUGGUGGAGAUGGAUGGGCGGCCGCUGGGGAUAGCUGGCGUCGUGCCGCCCACAAUCACCGGAGUGUACCCCCUCAUCGAUCUGUACGGGAAGGUCUGCCAGGUGUCCAUCCUGCUGCAUCCGCACGUGCUCGGCAGCGGGGUCUCGCUGGACCUCCCGAGCAUCGCGGAGCUGAGGGAGGAGACCUCCGCCGAGUCGGAGCUGCCGGACGACGACGCCACCUCGCCGGGCCCCGACGGCAGCCUCUCGGAGCCGAGGGCCAGGCGCAGGGCGAGGGCGUGCAGCCACGACAACCUCACCGAGGACUUCGGCUCCGCGCACUCCUCGCCCGAGGGCGCCGACCCCGGGCCCGCCACGAUGCACCACAGCCUCAUCCUCACCCGGGCCGCGCCCUGCCACCACGUGCACAAGAGCCACUCGACCCACAGCUUCGGCGACGUCCACGCCGCGGCCAGACUGCGCGAGCCCCGCGGCUGCAGGUGCGACACGAACAUCCGCCACAACGACCGCUACCCGGAGGCGGGCGAGGUGGACAACCUGGACGCGGAGAUCGUGGACGCCCUCGCCCUGGAGACGGGCAACCUGCCCGACCUGUCCGAGGAGCAGUCCUCGUCCAUGGACGAGUCGACGCGCCGCGACGACAUCUUCUCGGAGACCCUCACCGCGGAGAAUCUGAACUACUUAAACCGGAUCCUGUGCCUGGACUACGACGGCGCCGGGGACGAGGGUUUCCCCUGGGAGUGGGACGCGUGCGGCGACGCGUGCGAGCACCUGCGCCUGGUGCUCAAGUACUGGAAGUACCUGGUGCAGCCGUACCCGGAGCUGCGCAGGGCGGUGCCCUGGGGCCAGGUGCGGUGCCACUGCCCCAACUGCCAGCCGGACGCCCAGCCGCCGUUCGCCGGGUGGGUGCGCAUCGAGCGUAUCGACGGGGCGGGGGCGGGGGCGGGGGCGCGCUCCUACUGGCCGCUGGCCCGCUCCACCCUGGGGGCGGCGAGGGCGAGCGGCGGGAGGGCGCGCCGCCCCCGCGCCCUCGCCCCCUCACCGCCGGCCGCGCCCUCGCUGUUCGACGUAUGGUUCGACGAGGAAGGCAAGCCCCAUCACGCGGCCCUGGCGAUCGAGAUUGACGUCGAGGGCUCCGCGCCGGAGGAGGACCGAGUGCUGGCGUUCCUCGUCUACCUGAAGCCGCAGCUCGUCCACCAAGAGAGCCCCACGAGCCCCGAGGAG